AACAAUUGGCCAAAAGGCCAUUUUUGGGUAAACGAAACGAGAGAGAGAGAAAAAAAAAAGAAAAAAAAAAGUUAAUUCACAGAGACAGAGAUUAUUGUAAGAACGGCAACUCACGGAAUUUAAAGACACUCUGUUUUCCUUUCUUUACUUUCCGAAGUUUGAAUUGAAUCAUUUCAUUCCUCCCUUUCUCUGUUUUAAGCAUUGUUUUAUUUUAGAUCCUUUUUUCUUACUGUUUCCUUUCUUCAAAGUACUUUUAUUGUAAUUCUCUCAUUACUCUCAUCUCAUCCAUGGAAUCUUAGUUUGCCACAUUUCUAUAGUACGCUGCAGCUCUUCAUCUUCUUUCCUUCCUAACAUUUUCAUUUCUGGUUUUUUUUAAAGUUGUGUAAAUGGGUUGGAGAAUUGAACUGAAUAGGGAAUGGUAAAAGAGUUCAGAAGGAGAUGAAAGACGAGUCGGCCGGGCUAAUCAUUGGGAUUUCUAUUGGUGUGGUGAUUGGAGUACUUUUGGCCAUUUCUGGGUUCUUUUGCUUUCGGUAUCAUAGAAAGCGUUCCCAGAUUGGGAACAGCAGUUCUAGAAGAGCAGCGACUAUUCCUAUACGGGCCAAUGGUAUUGAUUCUUGUUCCAUUCUGUCUGAUUCCACCAUUGGGCCGGAUUCCCCUGUCAAAUCAGGGCGGAAUGGCUCCUCAUUCUGGCUUGAUGGGUUCAGGAAGAGCAAUGUGAUUUCAGCAUCAGGAAUACCUGAGUAUUCUUAUAAGGAUCUGCAAAAAGCAACCUAUAAUUUUACAACACUAAUAGGACAAGGUGCAUUUGGUCCUGUAUACAAAGCCCAGAUGUCAACAGGAGAGAUUGUUGCUGUUAAAGUUCUAGCAACUGACUCUAAGCAAGGGGAGAAAGAGUUUCAGACUGAGGUUAUGUUAUUGGGGAGGUUGCAUCACAGAAACCUUGUGAAUUUGAUUGGAUUUUGUGCAGAGAAAGGGCAGCAUAUGCUUAUAUAUGUCUACAUGAGCAAAGGCAGCUUGGCAUCUCAUUUGUACAAUGAAGACCGGGAGCCACUGAGCUGGGAUUUGAGGGUUCAUAUAGCUUUAGAUGUAGCAAGGGGUAUGGAGUAUCUUCACGAUGGGGCUGUUCCUUCUGUAAUACACCGGGAUAUCAAAUCUAAUAACAUUCUCCUAGAUCAAUCUAUGAGAGCCAGGGUUGCAGAUUUUGGGCUUUCAAGAGAAGAGAUGGUGAACAGUCAUGCAGCAAAUGUAAGGGGUACUUUUGGCUAUCUUGAUCCAGAGUACAUAUCUACAAGGACUUUCACCAAGAAAAGUGAUGUGUACAGCUUUGGAGUUCUGCUUUUCGAACUUAUAGCUGGCAGAACUCCUCAACAAGGACUCAUGGAAUAUGUCGAGCUUGCUGCAAUGAACACAGAGGGGAAAGUAGGAUGGGAGGAGAUUGUGGAUUCUCGUCUUGACGGGAAGUUCGACGUAGAAGGGCUUAAUGAAAUGGCAGCACUUGGAUACAAAUGUAUCAAUCGUAUUCCGAAAAAAAGACCUUCCAUGAGAGACAUUGUGCAAAUCUUAUCAAGGAUACUCAAGCUGAGACACGACAAGAGGCACCAUAAGUCCUUAUCGGCCAUGACAGAUGAAGUUACCAUUGAUGUGGAUGGACCAGAAACCAACUCGCACGUCCCUGAUCACAGAAGAGAAGAGUCUGUGGAGAGUACAAUUGAUUAUGAAGUUUAGAAAUGAGGGGAUUCUUUUUCUCACUAUUAUUAUUUUUAUUAUUAUUUUAUUUUCUUUUUUUUUUGGUGGGGGGGCGGGGGUGUUCAUUUGGUUUUUCUUUUGAUACAUGUGCAGUCCAGAAAGAAGUAGAGGGAGUUUGAGAUUCAGAUUGAGUGACAUAGGAUUCAGAUAACAAGCUUUUCUUGUUAAGUUUCUGUUUGCUAGAGUGAUAGACAACAGAGUUUGUAAAUUGAAUACUUCAUACUGAGGAAUGGAAAUGAAAGUAAAAAUUACCCUUUUUUCUGUUA